GAAUCCUUCCAUUAUCCAAAAGUAUCUACAGCAAACAAAAAUGAAUCCAGUUGAUGUAACCUUCUAUUUCUCUGAUUUUGAUAUUCUUGAAUCAGUAAAGCAACAUCUUCUAAAUGAUUCCGAUUUGUCUGAAAAAAUUUCGCCAACAAGUUCAAGUAACGCAUUACCUAAUAGUCCUAACUCAAGUUUUGUCAACUCAGCUUCAGCAGAAAAUAGCUUCGACAACACUACUCAUGAUCCUUCUUCACUCGAAGAGCAAACGCCGGUGGCGCGUGAGGGGAAUGCGCCGAGAGAAUGGAGGCGGUACAUAGGAGUGAGACGGAGGCAAUGGGGGACGUUCGCAGCGGAGAUAAGAGACCCGAAUAGGAGAGGCGCGAGGCUGUGGUUAGGAACAUAUGAGACUCCUGAGGAUGCAGCAUUGGCUUAUGACCAAGCCGCUUUUAAAAUCCGGGGCUCGAAAGCUCGGCUAAACUUUCCUCACUUAAUUGGCUCAGACAUGCCUAAGCCGGCUAGAUUAAAAGCUAGGCGUCGUAUAUGCUCGCCCGAGCCAUCGGCUUCUUCAUCCACGUCAUCGGAAGAUGGGAUGAGGAAAAGGAAAAUAGAUGUGAUAAACUCCAUAGCUAGAGCCAAGUCUUUGUGUCAUAGCUAUUUCAAAGGACGAGAAUUAAUUAUUUAGUGUUCAAACACUAGAGUACUGGUCGUUCCCAAAAAAAACCCGGAGAACAGAACUUGUAAAUAGUCUCUUCGUCUUCUCAUUAUGUUCUUUU